UUUUUUUUUUUUUUGCAUUUGACCAAAAUUUGCAGCUUUUGCUUGAAUGUACUUUAAAGUUUGCCAACUGACGUUCAUGGGAAGUGUAUCAGAUUAUCAAUACCGAAUAGCUGAUACAUGAAGUGCUGUUUACUAAGUAAAAAUGUGCGUAUAUAAUUAUAUACACAACCUACUGGCAAUCACAUUGUUGACGAAUGCUUUUUGGCAACAUUUAAAAUAAAAAAUGUUUGCAUUUAAACUCAAACUGUAAUUGUUCAUUUAUUUUAAUUCAUGAAUGGUUCUUUUUUUCCCAGGAAUUUAGUAUGAAGAGCCCAUUUAUUCUUUCUUGUGAAGGAACGCUGGCAACCGCUGACGUGGCCCAGUGACGCGUUCACCGGUCUUUCGUUGGAGUGGGGAAAUUGAAGUAUUCGAAACAUUCGAGCAUUAAAAUGAUUUUUUUUUCUUCAGAAACUGCUCCUUCACUGACUGCUGUCCCUAGGAUGAGAUUUUGACAGGAGCUUAAGUGUAUGUAUUGGCAACAACUUUAAAAGUUUUAUAUUUCCCGAAAGGCCGCUUUAAAAGUUUGGAAUUUACGCGAGGUACAUGAAUGCAGCUUUGCUCAAGCGCCGCAGGGUGAAAGGAAAUGGAGGAAUCGACUUGCAAGGAGUGAUUUUAAAACCCACUUUUAUCUUUGUAUUAUGAACGUUUCGAGGACUCGGGUGUUUUAUUUUAAAUAAUUUUUUUGAGUUUUCGUCUUUCCUGCUGAUUUUUUUUUGUGCCCGUUUUCAAAGUGUGUAGAAAUGCCUGGCGAGGUGAAGCAAAGAAAGAAAAAGCAAAGUGAUCAUGUCGCAGCUGAUCCUGCAAACAAACAAGACGAGGACAAAAAAGUGAAUCGUGAACGUGUCGGCACGCCUCCCAAAACUUCGACUUUGGACCUUAAAUUCCUCAUGUGCCUACUUUCGCUUGCGGUCUGCGCUGCACUCAGCUGGAUGGUGCUGCAGCAGAAUACAAGGUUCUCCCAAAUGGAGGAAAAAUUCGCACUACUGUACAGAAAGACCUCAAGUUUGUCCCUGAUCGAGGAGCAAGUAGAGAGGGUCACGCAAAAAUGUGCAAGCGUGCACCUGACACUGGACGACGUGGGCGCUCGCCAGCAGGCUGCGCGGGCUCAGCUGGAGAGCCUGGAGCGAGACGUGGGCCAGUUGAAGGAGUGGGAGUCCUGGCUGAGCAACGAGCGGUCGGAGCUGCGGUCCAGCGUGGCUGCGCUGAGCGGCGCCGUGGACCAGAUUGAAGCGCGCACCUCCGCCAUCACGGUGGACUUUGCCAACAAGGUGGCGUCGGUGAGGACGGACGUCCGGCGUAUGGACGGCCUGCGCUCGGAGCUGGACUCUCUCCUGACCCAGGUGUCGGAGCUGGAGGCGCAGGCGUCGCGGGCCGAACGCUCCAUGGUGGGGCGCAUCGGCGACGUGCUGGCCGGUAGCAUCGAGCGCGUCUCCAACCUCCGCGCUGCGUCCGAACGCAACGCGCAGGCCUUGGAGCAGCUGCGCCAACGCCUCCCCGAACUGGACGCCGCCGAUCGCAGCGCGUCGGAGCGGCUGCGGGAGCUGGAGGGCGGCCGGGCUCGCCUCAUUCGCACGGUGAGCUUCGCGGCGGACCUCAAGCCCAAAGUGGGCGCCAUCAAGAGGGACUUCGGGGCCCUGGAGCCUCGGUUGGCCGACCUCACCUUCCGCGUGGGGAGCCUGGCCGAGGAGCUUGGCAAGAGGGAGGAGGAGAUCGCCGAGCUCAGGCACACACUGGACGAGCUCGCGUCGGCCGAAGAGCGGGACGUGAGUGUCACGACUGAACAGGCGGCGGUUUUAUCAGCAUCUCACAACACAGAGCAGCCAACAUGAACACGUGACUUAAUUUGAGAGAAUAAAGCAAAUAACUUCAGCUUUUCCUUUGUUUUAUGUUACUUAUGUACGAUACGUUCAACAACAUUGAUUGAACUUUGGUGACAAGAUCAAAGUGACUCGGGAAAAUUCUGCUAUUUGACUCAUGAUUUAACAUUAAUGAACUUAAUUUACUUGUAACCUUUAAUUUCCUUGUGGUGUCCUGGAAGUCGAAGGUCGUCAUGGUAAUUUAUUUGCGUACAAGAAACAUAUUGAGGUCAACAAGAGUGUUUUUAUUGUAAAAUAAAAUAAAAAAAAUGCCGUAAACAACGAAAGUACUCGACAAGAGCUUAUUGUUUUUGAUUUAAAAAAAAAAAUAAUAAAACACAUCUUUGGCGCAGGCAGAAAUUUGGGGAAAAAAGGUAACUAACAGUGCAGAUUGAGUGUUGAUUCACAGCUCAGCAGUCCAUCUUGUCUCGUCCUACCUGUGCAACUUUAAGUUAC